CACCCCCCGGAGACGGUCCCUUUCCCCGGGGCUCCCGGAGGCGAGACUCCAGCUGGAGCCAGGCGGCCGGGGGGGGGCUAGGGGCGCUAGCCGGGGUCUCCCCUGGCACGGGGGAUGCUGGGAGUUGUAGUUCUGCCCUUCCCACCGAGCCGGAACAAAGCCCCAGCGGCGAGCCCCGCUCCAGCUCCCGGCUCCGAGCGCCCCCGGGCCGGUCCCGCCGCGCGCUGGCUCCCAGGGGCCCAGCCCGUCCGCCGGGCCGACCGCUUCCCGCCCCGCCCGGAGCGGGGACCGGCCCCCGGCCCGCCGCCUCCCCCGGCCCCUGCGCCCUCCCGUGCGCCCAGGGCGCGCCGCGCUGGUCCUGCGCAGCCAUUGGGGGCGCGUCGCGGCUGGGAGCGGAGCGCAGCGCAGCGGCCGGAGGCGGCGGGCGGGCCAUGCCGGCGCAGGCCCCAGUGACGUUCGAGGACGUGGCGGUCUAUUUCUCCCCGGCGGAGUGGGCGGCGUUAGCGGAAUGGCAGAGGGAGCUGUACCGGGCCGUGAUGAUGGAGAAUUACGAGCUGGUGGCAUCUUUGGGCUCCGUGGGCCCCAAGCCCAAGGCAUCGGCUAGAAAAGCAAAGCGAGAGAAGGCGCCGUAUGUCUGGGACCAUCAGUACUCGAGAGCGAAAGUCCUGAUGCUUCCAGCACAGGGGAACGACACCCCAAACGAGGUGCCGGUGACCUUUGAGGAGGUGGCGGUCUAUCUCACCACCGAGGAGUGGAAGGAGCUGAAGGACUGGCAGCGGGAGCUGUAUCAGGACGUGAUGAAGGAGAAUUACGAGCUGGUCACCUCUGUGGGAGACACCGUGGAGAAACCGGAGAUUGUCUCUAGGCUGGAGCGCGGGGAAGAGCCGUACGACCCCAGAGAGAGACGCAUUCCUGGUCCCCACGGCGUGGGUGGUGGGACCCGGGGGGCUGAUGAGGAGGGGACGCGUCACGAGGAAGAGCCGGCAGGACUGGACCCGAGCGAGAUGCUAACUGGGAGAGAUGCAGCGAGAGUUUCCCUGGGCUCGGCCAGGACCGGAGCCAGCGCCAGUCGGAGUCAGCGCAAAGGGCGCCCGGGCCAGGGGAGGCCUGUGUGGAACGGACACGAUGAACCCCUGUGGGGCGAGAGGCGGGUCAGGGACUCCCCAGCCAGCGCUGAGCUCCAGAGCAACGGGGCCCCAGAGAGACCCUGCCCAGCGCCUGAGAACCUGGGGGGCAGCGUGGGGACGGGAGCCGUGCCUGUAACCCCCAUUGCAGAGGGGCCGUGUGGGGGGAGCAUUGGGCAGGGCGGGAAGCCAACAGAGGAGCACGCUGCCCCUGGGGGCGGGGGGCCCUACAAGUGUGGGGAGUGUGGGCAAGGCUUUGGCAGCCAGGCCUCCCUGGCCAAGCACCGGCGGCAGCACGCCGGGGUGGGCGCCUUUCCCUGCAGCCAGUGUGGCAAAGCCUUCAGCAACAAGGGCAACCUCCUGCGGCACCUGAAGCUACACAGCGGGGAGAAGCCGCACGGCUGCGCGGAGUGCGGGCGGCGCUUCCGCACCAAGCAGACCUUCCUGUCGCACCAGCGCGUGCACACUGGGGAGAAGCCCUUCGCCUGCCGCCAGUGCGGGCGGAGCUUCACGCGCAAGGAGAACCUCGUGCGCCACCAGGAGACCCACGUGCACAAAGAGCCCCACACUUGUCCCGAGUGCGGCAAGAGCUUCCUGCAUGAGGGCUCGCUGCUCCUGCACCGCCGCGCCCACUCCGGGGCCAGGCCCUUCCCCUGCGCCCACUGCGGCAAGAGCUUCAACUGGAAAACGAACCUGACCACCCACCUGCGCAGCCACGCUGGGGAGCAGCCCUCCGCCUGCCACCAGUGCGGCCAGUGGUUCGGCGACCGCGGAGACCUGCUGCGGCACCAGAGGGCCCACGCGGGCGGCGGGCUGCCGACCGGCUACGGCAACGGGGAGACCUUCAGCGAGUUCCUCCAGAUCCACGAGAUGCUGAUCUCCCGCACGCACGCACGCAAGCCCCUGGGUGCCCUCACCAACGCUGAGCAGGGACUCAGUGACUCGGCCUUCCAAGGAAGUGAAGCUGGCAAUGCAGAGGGCCGUGCCCUACCCAGCUCCACCCUUCCCCUCCUGAGCCCUACCCAGGCCUCUGCAUGCAGCCGGUGCGUGACCCACCCGUCGGGGAGCUCUGCACUCCUCCGCUGUCCUGGGGUAAUGGUACAGAACCACCCAAAGCGGCUUUCUGCCAGCGCUGAGCAGGGAAUCGGUGACUCGGCCUUCCAAGGAAGUGAAGCUGGCAAUGCAGAGGCCCUGGUGUCGUUCGAGGACGUGGCGGUCUAUUUCUCCCCGGAGGAGUGGGCGGCGUUAGCCGAAUGGCAGCGGGAGCUGUACCGGGACGUGAUGAUGGAGAAUUACGAGCUCAUCGCCUCGCUGGGUUCUGCAGGCCCCAAACCGGAAAUGAUCUGUAAAAUGGAGCGAGGGGAAGAGCCACACGCCACCGCUCCCCCGGGCGAGAGGGACAGAGGAAUCCUGGACGCCCCCAGCACAGCUGGCUGGGGAAGGCGUGUCAAGGAGGAGCUGUCUGUGGAGAGCUACAACGACCAGUGGGUGCCACACACGUCGCUGGCCGGGGGAGCCGAGGGGUUUGUGCUGGAAUAUCCUGCCCUGUGGUGCGAGGUGAAGCAGAGGGACCUGGCGGGAGAUGCCCCCCAGCAAUCCCCGGAGUGGGAGGGGAGGGACGGUGCGUUCCUGGGCGGCACACUGGCCAUGAUCCACCCGGGGAGCGAGGGCCCCCUCAUCUGCUGCGAGUGCGGGAAGAGCUUUGAUGACGAGGCCUCACUGAGCGCCCACCAGCGCCUGCACCCGGGCGCCGGGCCCCACGAGUGCCGGGCCUGCGGGAAGAGCUUCCGUCACCGCCGCAACCUCUUGACCCACAAGAAGCGGCGGGGGAAGAGCCGGCACGCCUGCACCGAGUGCGGGAAAAGCUUCUGCCUCAAGGGCGACCUGCUGCGGCACCGGGCGGGGCACGCGGGCGAGGGCGGGCACGCCUGCAGCCUGUGCGGGGAGAGCUUCCGCCACAAGAGGAACCUGUUGGCCCACAGGAAGGAGCACGUCGGGGACACGCCCCACCGGUGCCCCGAGUGCGGGCAGAGCUUCGGCGACCCGGCCAGCCUGGCCCAGCACGAGGCGGCGCACCGCGAGGAGAGGCCCUUUGUCUGCGCCCGCUGCGACCGCAGCUUCAGCUGGAAGGAGAGCCUGAUGAUCCACCAGCGCAGCCACCCGCAGGAGCGCUCCCACAAGUGCGCCGACUGCGGCCGCAGCUUCAGCCGCAACGGGAACCUCCUCAUGCACCAGCGGGUGCACACCGGGGAGCGGCCCUACGCCUGCCCCGAGUGCGACCGCACCUUCUGCAACAAGGCCAACCUCAUGGCCCACCGGAAGCUGCACCGGCGCUUCAAGCCCUACGCCUGCACCCAGUGCGGGAGGAGCUUCAGCUUCAAGACCAAGCUGCUCCUCCAUCAGAGGGCCCACGGGGACGAGCAGUAGCCCCCGGCCGCUCUGUCUCCUGCAGGCUGCGGCCGGGCCUGGCAGGCUGCGCGGGCUCUGCCGUUGCUAAGGCCCGGGGGCGAAACUCGCCCCUGGGCAGAGGGCUGGCGCGAGGCCUAGGCGUUGUCUCAGCCUGGGGGUCCCGUGGGCCAUGGAGCAAGACCCCAGCCUUUGAGGGGAAGCUCUGCUGUCUUGCAGAGCCCUGGGUGGGUCACUCUGGGGGAGUUCUGCCGUUGCUAAGGAUGGGGGUGAAAUUCACCCCAGGGCUGAGGGCUGGCGCGCAUGCAGGACUCAAGCGGUGCCGAGGCCUUGCCAGCCAGCCCUCUCCCGGGGUGAAUUUCACUGCUCGGCAGUAUAUUGCAGUGCGUCCUCAUUGUAAGGCUCCAGACUCACCCUGGGCCUGGCCGCCCUGAGAGCUACAUCCCCCUCCUCAAAUGGCAGUCCCACGGCGCGCCAGUGGGCGUCCUGAGCCCCCCCCACAGUUACCCAGCCCACCGGAGGCGGUGAUGGGCUUAGAGAGUCGUAGCAGCGAAAGUCAGAAGAGAUUGUUCUGACCAUCCGGUCUGGCCUCCUGCUUCACCCAGGGCAGAGAAUCUCACCUGGGGUUCCUGCAGCCCCCUCCGAAGGAUCAUUGGGCAGUUUCUGAGAGAGGUCAGGGCACUAGCCAAAGCCUUGGGUUCAUGUCCCUGCUCUGCUACAGAUUUCUGGGUGACCUUGGGCAUGUCCCUUAGCCUCCCAGGGCCUCGCUGCCCCAGCUGUGCAAUGGGGAUACCAGCCUGCCCUGCCCAUGGGGGGUGGGAUGGGGAUAAAUACAGUAAUGGGGCGCC